ACACACAAUGGAUGACAAUUGUAAUGUCAUAUGUGUUGGCAAUUAUGUUAUCAUCAGAAGAACUUACGAGAAGGAGUCGUGUCGUCUGUUUAAAGCAGAAAUGGAUAAACCUGUCUAUUUAGGAAAACAGAAAAUCUUUUUGAAUUCAAUCUUUGGUCAAAAGUUUGGUUCAACAUUUGAGGUCAACAAAGACCGACACUUGGAGUUAGUGAAUGUCCAGAAAUUGCGUGAAAAAUCGGCUGUUUUGCCGCUCGUGUCCUCAGAAACGGACGAUAAAAAAGACAAUCGAUUUGUUUUAGACGACGGAAAGUCACAGAAAUUGUCGAGAGAUGACAUCGAAGUACUCAAAAGCAAUGCAUCGAGUGAUCAAAUCAUUGAAAAUCUUGUGAAAAACUGCUCCACUUUCGAGCAAAAGACCAGUUUUGCACAACAAAAGUAUUUGAAGAAAAAACAGAAAAAGUAUUCAAAUUUAAUGACAAUAUUGAGACCAAACGUCAGAUUAUUAACAGAAAUGUAUUUUUCUCGCGGACCACAAAAGAUCGAUUUUCUUCGAAUCGAUUCUCUGUCGCAAAUGCUUUCCAUAUGUAAUGUAAUGUCGGGUCGAAAAUAUAUAGUAUUGGACACUAAUUUGGGUAUUUUGACGGCCGCUAUCAUUGAACGACUCGGAUGUACCGGUUCUGUGGUUCAGAUUUACACAGAAGUAGGUCCCGUCUCUACUUAUAGACAGGCAGUGGAUGCUCUUAAUCUGCCCAAUGAUAUCAUUAAUAAUAUGUUAUUUGGACUUCAAAUCAACGAAAUUUAUAAUUUAUCACAAAAUUUAAAUUAUGAAAUCUCUUGCAGUACUGAUGUAUCAAACAAUAUAUUAAGUGAAACGACAAAAAUGAGUUCAGAAUCUGAUAUAUCUGUAUCAGAAAACAAUAGAAAUAUGCGAAGAGCUGUCAGAAGAAUUGAGGCACAAAAAGCUAUCGAAAUAUUGAGACCUAAAGACAUGGACGGACUCUUAUAUUUAAGCAAAACUUAUGAUCCGUUAAAUAUUUUGCUUAUUUUGAUUGACUUGUUGUCCGAUUCGCGUCCGUUCGCUGUUUUCAGUGCUUAUGUCGAGCCAUUAGCUCAUUGUUAUUCAGCUCUUAAAAAGAAAGCCGUAUUUUUGAAGAUAACAGAGACGUGGCUCAGGAACUAUCAGGUUUUGCCCGAUAGGACACGUCCUCACAUGACUAUGAGUGCCAAUAGUGGCUAUUUGUUAACUGGUAUUAAAGUGGAUAAUAAUUCAUAA